AUGUCCAGCACGUCGAGAGAAGAUGUCGUUGAUGUCUUGAAGUUUGUGGAGAAUGCACAGGGGAAGUUUUUACGGGACGAUUUGGAUGUCUGUGAGUCGAAAUUGGGUGGUGUAGGUGUUUUUGCAAAGAGGGAUCUUCCAGCGGGAACUACGUUGCUACAAUUGCCCAAAAGUGCUAUCUUUUCUGCAUCUAAUAGUACUAUUUCGAAUCUUCUCGUUGAAGAGGAGAUAGACGGUGUCCUGGCCUUGAAUUUGGCAUUCAUCUAUGAAACUACCGUUUUCAGAGAGAAAAGUCAUUGGUAUCCAUACUUGAAGAGUAUUCAAGUGGUGGAUUCACAAGGUAACAUUUCGGUGCCUCCAGGGUACUGGAGCGAGGAGGCUAAGGAUCUACUGAGAGGUACUACUCUGGACACAUUGUAUGAUGCAUUAUCACCACAGCAAGAAGUCUAUGAAGGUUUUGAAAUAUCGUUACAUGUAGCAAAGAAGUGGAAUCAGGAGUUCAGUUUGCCUUUACCGGAGGAGUACUUCCAAAUCAAUGAUGAUAACGAUCAAGAAGAGAUCGAAACUAAGUUUUUGAAGUUUGUUGCCGUGGCGUAUGCCUUAGCAUCACGAGUCUUUGAAAUCGAUUCGUUCCAUGAAAGUGCAUUGGUUCCCGUUGCAGAUUUGUUCAAUCAUCACGUAACGGAUCCUGAUGUCAAAUUCAUCACUCUGUUCGAUGUGUGUGAAUUAUGUGGUGAGCCUGGUAUGUGUAAGCAUUUGAUUGCAGAAGAAUACGAGGCUGCCCAGGAGGAAGAAGAAUUGAGAAGCAAUACAAAGCAGACAGAUGGUGUGUUAGAUGAAGAUAUGAUCAAGGAAUUAGAGGCAGAGACGGUCGAUGUAGAAGAAGAAGAAGAACCAAAAGAAAAGACUUUGAAUCCCGACGAAUGUGUUGAUAUCGUUUUGGAUAAGGAUGUAAAGGCAGGAGUUGAGAUCUUCAAUUCGUAUGGUCCAUUAUCAAACGUUUUCCUACUUUCAAGACAUGGGUUUGCCGUUGAAGGCAACCCUCAUGAUAUCGUGCACUUCGGUAAAGAAAUGGUCAAGCUGGUCAAGGGCAACCGGGUCUAUAAGGAAAGGGCUACUUGGUGGCGCGAUCAAGGCUACAAGACGUUCGUCAGUUGGUUGAAACAGUACAGAGAAGAAGAAGACGACGACGAUGAAGAAGAAGAGGAGGAGGAGCAAGAAGAUCAUGACCAUGCUAAUUGCACGGAUCACGAUCAUUCCGACGAGAGGUGGCUCUCACAGCUGGACGUAGACUUCUAUGGAGAACCCACUCCACAUCUGUGGGCCAUUGCGAACCUCCUGGCCAUGAAAGAACCCAAAUACCAGAAAUUCGUCGCACAGCUUGCCAAUGAGACGACCGCAACCACGAUUUCCGCACUUGAGGACCACACCAAUACAGCAACCAAGAAGCUCCUCGUUCAAUUGCUAGAACUCAAACGCAUACCUGGUCCAGCUAAUUUCAAUCCGCACUUGAACCUCUCCCAGGAGACUCUCUCCCACAUAAACAACCUACUCGCAGCGGAGACUGCCAUCCUGACCGGGGCCACAGAGCAUCUGUCCAACUGA